UAGCGCGGAAUAAAACAAGAUCAGUGAUGUGGCUGUGUGGCCAUUGUCUGGUGGAGUCAAAGAGAUACGAAUACAUUAAGGAAAUGAGGAAAUACAUUGAUGUUGACGUCAGGGGUGGGUGUGGAAAAUCUUGUGACGAAAAACCACCUUGUAUGGAAUCGCUGACUCCGAACUACAAAUUCUACCUGUCGUUCGAGAACUCUUUAUGUCAAGAUUACAUCACGGAGAAAUUUUUCAAACUUUUUAACAAAGACAUCCACGUUGUACCAGUUGUGAGAGGAAAAGUGGACUACGAGAAAUAUUUUCCGGAAAACACUUUCAUAAACGCGGCCAAUUUUAAAACGGCCAAAGAUUUGGCUUUAUUUCUGCUAAAUCUGGGCUCAGAUAUUGAGAGUUACAGCAAGUAUUUAGAACAUAUAGAUCUGUAUAGAGAAACAGACGACUAUCUAAAGACAGCAGGCUGUACUUUAUGUAAAGCUCUAAACACGAAGAAAAUGGAGCCCAAAAUUUACAACAUAAAAGAGUGGUUUGUCAACGGAAGUCAAUGCGAUCAAAAUGUUAAAGACACACUUUAAUUUUGAGAUCUUGAUUAUUAAUUUUUAAACAACUACAACUCUACAACAGUGAAAUUUAAUAUACUUUACAUAUACGCACUACGUUCCGUUUUUGCACGAUUUUAUUUAACUUGCGUCCUCGUUCAGUCUGUCUAUAUUUCGUCACAAAUCGACACGAUCGAGCUAAAAUUUGGGCAGUUCUGACAGAUUCGUUUCAAAGUUGGCAUGUGGGUUAGGACAUGUAGACAAUGCAAACGUACUUUAAAUUUGACUUAAUUGGAUGCCUAAUUAGUUUUUUAUGAAUGAAUUAAAAUUUCUUCAAAUUAGUAGGCAGACUUAUCCAACUAUUCCGCACUAUUAUACGCGCGUUAUUACAUACAACAUUUUUAUUAAAACAUAUU